CCGGUUCCGGCUGGGCCUGUGUGAGUUGCAGCCUGGUAGUGCCCCCGCCCCCACCCGUGAGGGAGCAGAAACGCCCCCCGCGUAUCCUGGCGGUAAAGGAAGGGCCAGGGGGCAUCCCCCACUCUGAUCUUGCUAUCCAAGGACCAGCCUUUGCCUGGGGUGCGGAGGAGGCUGGGGCAACGCCACACAUCGGCAGUGCCCCCUCCUGGGUGGAGAUGGAAGCCAAUGCAGCAAGCGAUGAGGGUGUGCAUUUCCAGAGUUACCCUUUUGACUUCUUGGAGUUCCUGAACCACCAGCGCUUUGAACCUAUGGAGGCCUACAACCACGAACAUGCCAAAGCCGUUGCUGCCCUCCCUUGCCCACAGCCACAGUAUGAAUAUGCCCAGCCACCAACAGCUGUUCCGCCUGCUCACUUUGACCGCGUCCCUGCCACCAUUGGCACACCUAAACCCAAAGCUGAGGGCCCGUCCUCUUCUUCCUCAGCCAGCUCAUCUAGUACCAUUCAAGUUAAGAAAGCUGAACCAGGGGCCCCUGUGCAACCUCCACCUCCCCAGCAGCAACAGCACCAAGUGCCAUACAGUACUCCAGCAGGUCAGCCUCUCUUUGACAGUACAGCAGCAGCAGCAGCUGCUGCUGCAGCUUACAACACUCCUCAGUGGGGCAUAGUAGACCUUUCUGGCCACCAGCAUCUCUUCAACAGCCUGAAACGUGGGCAGGCUCCCCCAUCAACUGCAGCCACAGUAACUCCUGACAGUCAGGCAGGCAAAGAUGAUAAGAACUAUUUUCGUCGACUGAAAUACUUCAUUGAUCGGCGUUUCCCAUGCGGUAUAUGCCAGAAGUCAUUCAAGCAGUCAUCCCAUCUUGUGCAACACAUGUUAGUGCACACAGGUGAGCGGCCGUACGAAUGCACCACCUGUGGCCGUACCUAUAACCAUAUCUCGAGCCUCAUCCGGCAUCGCCGUUGUCACAAAGACACUGAGGAUGCUACUGCUGCUGCCAAUACUGUGGCUGCCAAUGUAGCAGCCGCCAAUGUGGCUGCAGCUGCUGCUGCUGCUACCGCCAGCAUAGCACCUGGUGCUGAGGGAGCAGCCCAGCCUCUUACCCAAAGCAGCAACCCCCAGUCAGUAGCUGCACCAUCUGUAGGAACAGCUACAUCUGCCCUCAGUGCUGCCAUAGCUCAAGGCGAAGGUCCUUUUGCCUGCUCUCUGUGCUGGAAAGUGUUUAAAAAGCCAAGUCACCUUCACCAGCAUCAGAUUAUUCAUACUGGUGAGAAGCCAUUCUCCUGCUCUGUCUGCCAGAAAAGCUUUAAUCGCCGUGAGAGCUUAAAACGACACGUGCGGACACACUCAGACCUGUUGCGAGUGCAGUGUGGGGUUUGUGGCAAAGAAUUCCGGGAUGCCUCCUACCUCCUCAAGCAUCAGGCCACUCAUGCUCCUCCUGGAACUUUACCUCCACGCCCCGAGUACAAAUGUGACAUUUGCGGCAAGGGUUAUGUGGCUCCCCAGAAUCUACUACGUCAUCGGCAGCUCCAACAUGAGGGUGCCCAGCUGUCCAAGGAUGGCACUAAUACCUUGUCUUAUCUGCCACCAGGGUCCUACCUCCUUCCACAAGACCCACAAGGUACAGGCUCUGAGGGAGACACCAAGCCAACAUCCUAUGGCCUCUUGGGUGCCCACCCCUUGCUGGUGGGGACAGCAGCAGGCAAGAAUUUCUGCUGUGAAAUCUGUGGCCGUGGCUUUGGGCGACGGGAGACACUAAAGCGUCAUGAGCGGAUCCACACAGGUGAGAAGCCUCACCAGUGCGCAGUGUGCGGGAAGCAUUUCCGUGAAUCUUUUCACCUCAGCAAACACCAUGUAGUGCAUACUCGGGAGAGGCCGUACAAAUGUGAAAUAUGUGGGAAAGUGUUUGGUUACCCCCAAAGCUUAACUCGGCACAAACAGAUUCACCGAUUACAGCUACCUUGCUCUUUACCAACCAUGGGGUCCUCCCUGACCCCCAUGGGCCCUUCUCUCCCUCCACCCCCUGAGGGACUAACCUAUGGCUGUUCUGACUGUGGAGAGCGCUUUCCUGAUCUUUUUCAUGUCAUGAGCCACAAGGAAGUCCAUGUGGCUGAGAAGCCCUACCCUUGUGAUGUCUGUGGCAAAUGUUUUGGUUUCAUUGAGAAUCUGAUGUGGCAUAAACUUGUCCACCAAGCUGCUCCUGAGAGACUUGUACCACCAGAUGAAACGGCAGCUGCUGUCGCCCCACUAGAGAAUGGACUAGCUAGUGGUGAGAACAUAUCAUCUUAUGAAGAUCAUCCGACUUUGCCGAGUGGAGAACGUUUCUCCUGCUCUAUCUGUGGCCAGACCUUCAAGCAUUUCCUGGGACUUGUGACUCACAAGUAUGUGCAUCUGGUGCGUCGCACGUUGGCCUGUUUGGUCUGUGGACAGAGUUUUGCUGGAGCUUAUGACUUGCUGUUGCAUCGUCGCACACACUUGCAAAAGCGUCACUUCUCUUGCCCAGUCUGUGGCAAGCGCUUCUGGGAAGCUGCCCUUCUCAUGCGUCACCAGCGCUGCCACACCGAGAAGCGCCCGUACCGCUGUACUGCCUGUGGGCGUGGUUUUCUGCGCUCAUGGUACCUGCGUCAACACAAAGUGGUUCACACAGGUGAGCGUGCUUACAAGUGUGCCCUCUGCAACAAGCGCUUUGCCCAGUCAUCCAGUCUGGCAGAACACCAGCGUCUUCAUGUAGUUGCCCGGCCUCAGCGUUGUCCUACUUGUGGCAAGAACUUCCGCUACCGUAGCAACCUUUUGGAACACCAGCGGGUCCACCUGGGAGAGAAGGUCUACCGCUGUGACCACUGCUCCAAGAGCUUCUUCUAUCUGUCAUCCAUUCUGCGUCACCAACGCUCCCAUGAUGCUAAGCGUGAAUUAAGAUGUGGGGCCUGCCUCAGGCUCUUCAAAGACCCUAAGUAUUUUAGCAAACACCUCCAGGCCCAUCAGGGAGGACGGCCCUUCAAAUGCAGCACCUGCGGAGAAGCCUUCUCCAAUACUUACGGCCUCAAAAAGCACCGCCACAUUCACAAGAUGGAGCGCUUUGCUGCCAUGGGGGUCCAUAAGGAACAGCCCUAAUGUUGGAAUAGUAGCAGCAGGAAAAAAAAUGGGUGGUCCAUAUAUUGGUACUGUAGGGUGGGAUUUGAAGCUAGUUCCAGGUUUCUGUGAGCCAUGAUGGCAAGGCAUUUCCAUGUAUAGAAAAUAAGAUGUGCUUGUUAGCAGUGAGAUGCUCCAGUUGGGCACUAAUUUGGAAGAGUCAUCAAAUCAUAAAGUCACGAGCAGGACAAGCCACAUAGAGGCAAGAAUUAAUUGUAAAGAUAGGGUAUGUACUGUAAUUAAGAAGAGGUAGCCGCCAGUUACUUGCUAGAUUUCUGCUCUCUAGCAGAAUAUCUUGACCGCUCUGGAUUUUUAAACUAAUUGCCUGGGGAAAGGGAGAUGGAGAUAGCAAUCAUAGAAGUGACCUUUGCCUGUCAAGCAUGGCCACAGUGUUGGGGGAUGAAAGUUUCCUCCUGUUUCUGAGCAAAUGGGAGCAAAUAAGGUUAUGGUGGAAUGACAUUAUUUUUUUUUCAUUUGAAGCCCAUGCUUCUGGAAUGGAAACCAUAUGGCAUUCCAGUUCACAAGAAGAGAUGGUGCUUCCUGUAAUCCCCUUUACCGAGAGAGAAAUGUUAGACCCACUUCAUUGGGAAUGAGACAGGAAGGACCAUGAUACAGCACUUGAGGAAUGUCCACCAAUCUUUUGUGUAAACUCAACUAUGUAAUCUGCAUUAGGUAAGCCUUGCUUGCAUUCUGAGAGAAAGACUUUAAUUAGUGUCCUUUCUUCAUAUGUAUAAAGAAAAUAGGCUAGUUCUCAAUUUUUUAAGACCUGGGAGGUAGUGAGACAUGGCUGUGGACAGUACAAAGUUAACGGAGUCUGCUUGAAUUGUCUAGUAGUGUGUGGCGCCUGUUGUCUAAAUGCUGUUGUGCCAUAACAUUUGUUACAUUCCUGCCUUCAGAACAGAACCAGUUCAUGAUGCAACUGGAGGUUCACAAGAACUACCUAUAAAAGAAAAGUUGAGCCUAGAAGGUUUCUAGCCAAGCUUCCCUGGCAUGCCACUUUCCAUAUUUAGGGAGCACUGAAUGUUAAAAAGCAUUUGGAAUUGUUAUUGUUCCCAUUAUGCACCCCUGAAGAAGCAAAAUCACAGGAUAAUUGUAUUGUGUGCUUUUCUAAAUGUUCAAGUUGGCCCAUCAGGAGUAGAGAGGAAAUACAAAAGUAGGCUAGGCUCGUUUCCCCUUGUGUUAGCUUUCUUCCUUUAUGCUCAACAUCCUUCCUAAUCUAUUGGGGUUAAUAUAGAUGAACUCAUGUGUGAAUAAUACCUUACUCUGAGCCAUAAAAUAGAAUGUGGCUUUGGAAUGAGAGCUGUGACUGUACAUUGUUAGCCUUCCCUAAUGUUAGCCUUCCUUCUGCCCACCAGAAGGAAGAGAAGGAAAAGAAAAAUAAACUUAAUUGAUGGGUCUACCAGGAUUGCACAAUGCUUUAGCCGCUCUCCUGCAUUCUCUGGUUUGAUCCACAAGCUUUUCCUAGUAAGACACGGUGUAUCAUUGAGACAUUGAGCUAACUGCCCUGGCCUUGUAACUCCAUGGUUAUUAGACUCAUAUAAUACUUCAGGUUUGACUCCAAAAAGGUUCUUCAAAGCACAAACACAGCAUCAGGGAUUGUGUGACUGCUGGAGAUGUCUAAAAGUCACCAACAGAUGUUGUGUUCAUUGUCCCAAGCAAUCCGAAGCACCUUAUCAAAUCUGAAGAAAUGCAAAGCCCCCUUUUAUACAUAUUUGACAUCAGUCUGAAUGGAUCCUCACUGCACCUGAAGUGGAGAACACUGACCAGGCAUGAAUAAAAGGAUCCUUGCAAACUCUCUGACUUCCCCCAAUAACUUUUCCUCUUCAAUCCUCCUCCAGCAAAUUGUAGACAUUGGAGUACACCUUUAAAUAGACUGGUGGGGAAACUAAUUUGCUAGAUGCAACCAAAGAGUUCUAAAAACAGGCUCCCUUGUGUACAGUGGACACCACACAGGUAAUUCCCGCUUCCUUCUCCUCUUGUAACCCAAGCUGACAGUACAAUAGAAAGUAAUUUCAGCAUUUCCACUCUUGCAAAGCGAGAGCAUCUCUUCUACCAGAUGGUUGCACCAAAGCUCCUUGGUGUU